AGAGCCACAACUAUCACCCUGUAUGUGUACCCUGUUCUUUUCAGCUGAAACUAAACCUCUCUCGUUACAAGGUGUCAAAUGUGGUGGAAUCCUCUCUGCACCAUCGGGCAAUAUCUCCAGUCCGAACUUCCCAGGCCUGUAUCCCUACAACAUCGACUGCUCCUGGCUAAUCGUGGUGGCAGAGGGUUCCUCCGUCCUGCUCACCUUUCACCACUUUGAGCUGGAGUACCAUGCCAGCUGCGCCUACGACUACAUCAAGAUCUACAAUGGCAUAUCUGAGGACGAGGGGAACCUCCUCGGGAUAUUUUGUGGCGACAUCUCCCCGCCACAGUUCACCUCAUCUUGGAACGUCAUGUCCAUCAUCUUCCAUUCAGACCGCCACGUGGCCCACAGGGGUUUCAGUGUUGGCUACAGGAAAGAUAUGUGUGGCGGGGUCCUAACUGGCCUGUCAGGUGUUAUCUCCAGUCCAGGCUACCCUCAGGAGUACAGCAACGAUGCUGACUGCUCGUGGGCGAUCCACGUAUCCAACAACAGCGUGGUCACCUUGGUCUUCUUGGACUUCCAGCUGGAAAACAAUGAGGGAUGUAACUUUGACUUUGUUGCCCUGUUCGAUGGCCCGACGGUCACUCACCGCCACCUGGGGAAAUACUGCGGGGCAGAUAAACCUCCACACAUAGUCACCACCUCCAACCAGCUUCUGGUAGUCUUCAAGUCCGACUUCAACAUUGGUGGACGUGGGUUCAAGGCUUACUAUUACUCAGGUGAAUGCCAGCAGGUUCUGUCAGCUGUAAUUGGCAACUUCAGCAGCCCCCAUUUCCCAAAUAUCUACCCCAACAACAUCAACUGCCACUGGAGCAUCACACUAGCAGCUGGGUACCGCAUCAAACUUUUCUUCCCCGUCAUGGACUUGGAGGACCGCAACAGUCUGUCAGACGAAUGCGACUAUGACUCGGUUGCAGUUUACGAUGGGGACAGUCAGACGGACACCCUGCUGGGACGCUGGUGUGGCAGGGAGCAGCCUUCCUCCCUCCUUUCCAAAGGCAACAAGCUGCUGGUGGUGCUCAGCACAGACAGAAAUGAAGCCCACAGGGGGUUCACUGCUUCUUAUCUUGGAGUGGUUCCUGUAAACAUAAGCUGCACAAGAUCAGAAUUCACCAUUCUGAUACCCCAGCGGUCCCUACCUCAGCUGGACCGUGAGAGCAUCUACCUGGGAAACCCGACCUGUACGGCCCAGCUGACCGCCACCUCAUACAAAAUACUUGCUCAGUUUGUUAACUGUGGUACAGCUGGCCAGAAACAUCGGAACAUCACCGUGCUGGUAAACAAGCUCUACAUCGAUUUCUCUGAUGGGAAGCAGCAGAAUGUGCAGGAAUACAAAGUGCAGUGCGAUGCCCUGCGGAAGAUAGCAUCAGUGUCCAUCAUUUCAGCAGAGGAGCGUCGUCUGGAGGAACAGGCCCAGCAAACUGAGAAUCACAGCGACGGCCAAGAAGGGCAGUCUGAAGCCGAGCCUCACGACCUGAGUGAUAUUGUCUUCAUAAGCAUCUGUGUUCUGGCUGUUAUUCUCAUGGUGAUAGCUAUCAUUUGGCUUGUGCUGCUUUAGUACAUGUGUACGGGCUCCUCUGACAAAGAAAGGA